CAUCCAUUUUCACCUCCUCUCGCUAUCUACAACACACAGUCCUGUCAAUUAUUCGCGCACUCUAAUCUUUCGACACCUCUUCUUUCGACUUCCGCCGUGAAUUCGCGCCUACGGGCGACAGCCGUCCUGACUUGCCUCCGAACUUCCUACGUCCCUCGAAUCAGAAAACAAUCGCCCUCUUUCGCUCCAUCGCUCCUAACAUCUCCAUAUAAACACAAUGUCCAACUCCGUCCCCGACCUAGAUGCUGUUGGCAUCAAAGCUGAACCAGAUCUAGCCGACCAGUUCCGCCGCGAAGUCGCCGCCCUCCUAGGUCGCAACAACUUAAACUUCCCGGGAGCGCAACCAGUCAGCUUCUCGACGAAACACCUCCUCGAACUUCAACGCGAGGACUACUACGUAUGCGAAAAGACAGAUGGGAUCCGGUGUCUAAUGUACUUUGCGCGCGGGGACCCGGACUCCGAUACCCCGGAGAUUCACUACCUGAUCGACCGCAAGAAUGACUACCGAUUCGUGCCGGGGCUGCAUUUCCCUAGACCGGGGGAUAAGAGCUUUCAGUCGUACCACGUGGAUACACUAGUGGAUGGAGAGUUGGUGAAUGAUACGUAUGAUGAUGGGACGCAGCAACUCAAGUAUCUCGUGUUUGAUUGUUUGGUGUUGGAUGGACAGGCUUUGAUGCAUCGUACGCUGGACAAGCGAUUGGCGUAUUUCAAGGAGAACGUCCUCAAGCCAUACAGGGCGAUGUACGAAAAGUUUCCAGAAGAGAAGCAGCACCGCGUUUUUGUUGUAGAGGACAAGUCAACCCAGGUCAGCUACGGAAUCGAGAUGAUGUUCCGCGAUAUCAUCCCCAGGGUCAAGCGCAUCCACGGCAACGACGGCUUGAUCUUCACCUGUCGCAGUACGCCCUACCGUAUUGGUACAGACGAGCAUAUCCUCAAAUGGAAGCCGCCUGCUGAAAACACCAUCGACUUCCGCAUGCGCCUCGAGUUCCCGUUCCUCGAACCAGACUCGGACGAUGAAGCGGAUGGUAUCACGCAGCCGUACCGUGACUACGACGCAAUCCCUAUAUUUCACCUCUUCGUUAUGCACAGCUCGAACGAUUACCGUCCAUUCGGUGAAUUGUACGUGACCCCGGCUGAAUGGGAAGAUUUGAAGGCCCUCGGGCAGCCGCUCGAUGAUACGAUUGUCGAAUGUGCAAAGGAUGAAGAAGGUCGCUGGCGUUUUCACCGCCUCCGUGAUGAUAAAAUGGAUGCGAAUCAUGUCUCUACUGUCCAGAAGGUCCUUGAGAGUAUCGAGGACCGCGUGACGGAAGAUGACCUCAUUCGCGCUGCAGGCGCUAUCAAGACUGCCUGGAAGAAACGCCAGGCUACACAGCAUGCUCCUUCAGAUGUGAGAGGGAGACCUAUGCCGCCUGCUGCGAAUGGGGUUAAGAGGAAACUGGAAGAAUGAUAUUCACUUCUUUUACUUUCUUUUGGUGCAUCUUUUUCUCGCGGCGUACGGCGUUUGUUACUAAGUUUUGUACAAUCUAGAAUGGUGGGAUAGGAUAGGACUAGCAGAUGGGAAGCAUUCUACGGUGUCCGGACUUUUUGUUAUAAUCCUCGAAGUGUGAUUAACCUCCACGCACGCUGUUUAUACAUGGUUACUCGGGAUCCCGACUCUCCUAAGUCCAAGAAGUAAUAACCUCAUUCGAAACCCUCAUGAUCAUCACAACUGGAAUCAUAUAUAAACAAAGUCAGUACCGUUCAUAGCAUUCUAGCCGUGAUGAUGUGGAUACAUACCUUUUUAUGCAAUUUCGAUAUCAGCACCAUUCAGCAUCUGAUAUGCCAGACUCAACCCUACCGCCCAACCAGUCCGUCCUGUAAGGAACCGGAAACCCUUGUGUCUUGCCUUGUUUUGUCAAGACAGUAGCACUCAAGUAUGGUGCCACAGUC